AUGGAAUUGUCUGCUAAUAAAUCUAAUAACAAAGAAAAUAACAACCCUGUCUUAGUACCAACUCAAUAUGAAAUCAUGUAAAAAGAAGGUAUCUUUGCUAAAACCAAAGCAUCACCUCAUUAUAGAUUCUACUAUAGAAAAUAAAGGUAAUCUGUUGUAUAACCAAUUCAAAAUCCUAUCAUUGGCCAUUCUAAUAGUUCUUAAUCAAUCCAUAAAGAUAUAGAAAAGAUAGCAAAACAAUUACAAUCUUAGCAUAUUUAAACAAUGACUCAAUUCAAUUUCACUUAGCCUCUAAAAGAAAGACACUCUACCUAAUAUUCUAAUCCUCCUAAUCAAUAAAUUACUGAGGUAUUAGAAAUGUUUGAAAAAGAAAAUUUAAUGAAAAUUUAAUAGAUCAAACCCUAUACUCCAAGAAGACCAUUUACUUAAUAUGUUAACUCUAAAUUACCUACUUUGAACUAUGAAAAUACAAGUAAUGAUUAGGAAAACAGUGAAAAAGCAACUCCACUUUUAAAAAAUAAGUUAUUAUUUAAAAGAACUAUAAAUCCAUCUUUGGAUAAAUUUAAGAAAAUCAAUUAACCACCAAAUGAAGUAAGACAUAAAAGAGUAGCUUCUUAAAUCUUAAAUAAUCCUGUAAAUUAGAAUUAACAAAGAAUUUCAAAUGUCAGAAUAAACAAGGUUUUACAAAAUUCUAAUAAAAUUAUGUAGAUUUGCAAUAAAAUACCAAAUAUUUAAGAAUAAAUAGCUGAAGAGCAACUAUUAGAUUUAAUAAAUUCUGAUCAUUUUAAAAUUGAAUUUCAACAUUUCAUUAAUAUUUCAUAAGGUUCUAAUUCAGAAAUGGAACAAUUAUUAUCAAAUUUUAUGAUUGACCAAAUUAGAAAGAUGAAAGAGUUAUAGGAUGCUGAAAAUAAUUUAGAAGGUAAUAAUUUUCAUAUAAUUUCAAAGAAAAAAGAUAAAAUUUUUAGAGAUCGUUAACAAAUUAUAUAUAGGAACUUAAAGAAAAAUUAUGA